GAGCCAAUCCGUGCCGAGGGACGGCUAACUUGAGCCAAUUAAAACUGAGAAGGUGGGAAGGGGCGGAGUUCGCCGGUGGCUGCUCGCUGGUGGGUGAAGGAUCAGCUUUCUCUGCUAGUUCCCACCCUAGGACUUCUUAGCUCCUGGAAUGCGAGAGAGAGAGAGGCUCAGGGGAGUUCCUGGAGUGGGGCUUGGAGGUAUCUCCCGGGAAGGCCUGGAAGCAAAAGAGACUCCUAGUUGGAGGAGCUGCUGGAAGCCACCGGGGAGCCACUGGUGGGGACCUUUCUAGGGUCCUUUUCUCUCCGUGGGGUGCUAUGGAGUUCCCAGAACACAGCCAGCAGCUGCUGCAGAGCCUCCGAGAGCAGCGGUCCCAGGGUUUCCUUUGUGACUGCACCGUGAUGGUGGGUAGCACCCAGUUCUUGGCCCAUCGGGCUGUGUUGGCCUCCUGCAGCCCAUUCUUCCAGCUUUUCUACAAGGAGCGGGAACUGGACAAGAGGGAUCUGGUGUGCAUCCACAAUGAGAUUGUCACAGCCCCAGCGUUUGGGCUGCUUCUGGACUUUAUGUAUGCCGGCCAGCUGGCCCUGAGGGGGGAUACCCCCGUGGAGGAUGUGCUGGCCGCUGCCAGCUACUUGCACAUGAAUGACAUCGUUAAAGUGUGUAAGCGGCGCCUGCAAGCCCGGGCCCUGGCAGAGGCAGACAGUACCAAGAAGGAGGAGGAAACCAACUCGCAGCCCCCUAGUUUGGAGUUUUUGUCCCACCCUCCCCGCGGCCCCCAGCCUUCGCUGGCAUCUGCUGAGACAUCAGGCCACUGGGGCAAAGGGGAGUGGAAGGGCCCUGCGGCUCCCUCACCGACCGUCUGCCCUCCAGAUGAGCCGCCGGUGUCCGGUGGGGCGGACACAACACAGCCUGGCGUGGAGGUUGACCCCCCACAUCUACGGGCCCCCCCUCCCCCAGUGGCUGAUGUCUCCCUUGCCAGCCCCAGUAGCUCCACAGAGACCAUUCCUGCCAACUACUUCUCUUCUGGCCUUCCAGCAGUUUCAGUGGAGCCGCUGGCUCCCCUCGAUGUGGGUACCGAGGGUCUCAGGAUGGUGGAAGCCAGGGGUGCUGGAGCGCCGUUGCAAGGCUUCUACCCUCCAGCUCCAGCGGCGGCCCCGGCCCCGGCUCCAUCCCAGGCUCCAGCACCAGCGGAGGCUGAGCUGGUCCAGGUGAAAGUCGAAGCUAUUGUGAUUUCUGAUGAGGAGCCCGAGGUGUCAGAGACACCUCAGGGGCCUGAGGGACUCUUCCCACCUGGGGGAGCCCUGUUUGGCGGACAGCCCCCGCAGCCCGAGGCCUUUGAGGAGCCCAGGGCGGCGGGACUGGAGGAGGUGGGGCCCAGUGACCACUUCCUGCCCCCAGAUCCUCACCUACCCUACCAUUUGCUGCCAGGCCCAGGGCAGUAUCACCGAGGACUGGUGACCUCGCCCCUGCCCGCGCCCCCGGCCCUGCACGAGCCACUUUACCUGCCUUCUGAGUACGAAGCGAGCCCGGGAAGUUUUGGAGUUUUUACGGAGGAUGUGCCCACUUGCAAGACGUGUGGGAAGACCUUCUCUUGUUCUUACACACUCCGGCGCCACGCCACCGUGCACACACGCGAGCGACCCUACGAGUGCCGCUACUGCCUGCGCAGCUACACGCAGUCAGGGGACUUAUACCGCCACAUCCGCAAGGCUCACAACGAGGACCUGGCCAAACGCAGCAAACCGGAUCCAGAGGCGGGCCCCCUCCUGGGAGUGCAGCCCCUCCAGGGCUCCCCUACCGCAGACAAACAGAACAGCGGUGGUGGAGGGCCACCCAAAGAUUUUGUACUGGGCCCCAAGAACUGAUGGCGCCAAAGAGCAGAAGCCGAGGCCAGGCCUGCUCUUCCCAUCAUCAGAGGGCAGCCCAGGGUGGAAGCCUCUCACUUCCCCUGCGGGGGGCGGGGUGGGGAGUGCGGGGAGCAGAAGGGAGCAGAAGGAACGUUGUGCCCAGGCUGAAGAUUCCUGUCGCCUGUCCUUUGCCCAGCCAGGCAGCAGGACCCUAUGGGGCCUUGCGUCUCAAUCAGCUCUUCUCCAAGGGCACUGGGAAUUUUGCUGAGGUGUAAUCACUUCUCUCCCUGCAUCCCGGACCAUAAAGCUAGCAGUGAAAGUAUCUCUUUGAA